ACUGUCAGUAUUAACCAAACUUUCAAGAUCGACAUCACAGCGGUCACUCAUGUACAGAGAUUUCUUAGCAAUUAAAGCUAUCGAAUGCGAUGACUGCAACAGAGAAUGAAUUCUCUGCAAAAUCAUACUUCCCGAUUCUUCGGCACUUUAGUUCGCAAAGAAACAGCAUAAGAUGCUACAUUGUGAGCGAAACCAAAGAUGACAAAAGAUGUGGCACUAUACGUUGCACCCGAUGGUGGCUGGGGUUGGGUAGUGGUGAUUGCGUAUGCCCUCAAUAACAUUAUAACGAUACCGAUCAUACAAGGUUUUGGAAUGGUGUAUAACGAUGAAUUUAAAAGAUUAAAUAUAUCGGCUACUCAGUCAACAGUAAUCAUUAAUAUCAAUCAAGCUUUCGGAAUGAUACUGGGCAUGAUGAAUGGGCCACUAAUACGCAUUUAUGGCUACCGCAAAAUAUCCAUUAUCGGCUCACUAUUUUACGCUACUGGUAUUAUCCUGACGUCUUUCGGUACAACAUUUAUUCAUUUUGUGAUUACGUACGGAAUGAUGGCCUCCCUUGGCUUAGCGAUGACCACUGCCGCCUGCUCACUCGCAGUCAAUUCCUUCUUCAAAGAAAAGAGGGGACGAGCGAUGGGAAUUUCCAUGACAAUCACGGGAUUAGGACCAAUCCUAAUGCCGCAAUUAGUUUCCGUUUUGUUACCGAUUUAUGACAGCGGGGGUACAAUGCUCAUUCUGGGCGCAUUGAGCCUCCAUGGGCUAAUUGGUUCCUCGCUCUUGCAGCCAUUAAAAUGGCAUGCGAAGCGGAUACAAGUGAAAGAAAAUAAAGAGGAUGACAUAAAAAAUGAAAUUGAAAAAUGCGAGGAAGAAUCAGAGUCUUUGAUGGAAUCUAAAAUAGGCUCAAUGAAUGAUUCUAACAGAGGAGCUUUGAGUGAAAAAAAGAAAAACCAGAGAAUAAGUUCCUCGGUCGUCGAUCUGUACGACGACAACGUGAGUAUUUACGGAUUUGAAACUCCCGUGUCCGUUCGACAAAAUUCUAUACUGGAUCUGAGAGCUGCAAGUGUUUCGAGUUUGAGCAAAAUUUGCAAAGCCGAAGGUGAAAAUUCAAUAGACUCAAGAACGUCCAUCUAUGAAAAUGAGAGGCGCAAUAGUCUCAAUGAAAACAAAAUAAGGCCUAGAUUAGGAUCGGCGAAUACGGAGUGUUUAGUUUUGUUGAAAAAACCAUUGAACAAAAGUUUGAUAGAAGAGGACGAGGAGUGUGAAAAUGGCAACGGCUAUGCAAGCAACGAGAUAAAGAAUAUCCAGCAGCAAUCGCCACCGAGCAGAGAGGCAUCGCCCAAGGACGAACCCAAGGCCCAGUCGUACCUCAAGCGCAUCCUGCAUCGGAUCGUCGAGUUCUUCGAUCUGGAUCUGUUGCGCGACCCGAUCUACGUAAACAUCAUGCUGGGCAUGUCGAUCGCCAUCUUCGCCGAGUUCAAUUUCUCGGUGCUGACGCCGUUCAUACUGUCGGACAUGGAUCUGGACACGCGUCAGAUCGCCACGAUCAUGAGCGUGAUCGCCUGCUCGGAUCUGGUGCUGCGGGCGUUGGCGCCCUACAUCGGCGAGUGGCUGCACAGGUCGCCCCGGGCCAUGUACCUCGUCAGCCUCUUCCUUCUCAUUUUCACGAGAUCGUGCUUGCUGAUAGUUAAUGACUUUGGCAGCAUAGUGAUCGUCGCCGUGGGCUUGGGUAUAGCCAAGGGUAUCCGAACCGUGUACAUGACACUCGUUAUUCCCAGUCACGUUUCGCUGGAGAAACUGACGUCCGCAAGCAGUAUUCAGUCAUUAGUCAAUGGGACUCUUUUGAUAGUUUUCGGCCCAAUCCUAGGGUUAAUAAGAGACAUCACCGGCAGCUACCUAUCCUGCGUAAUUCUAAUAAAUUUCGUGACGGCCAUAGCCGUGGUAAUGUGGCUCAGCGAGUUCGCCAUUAUUAGGUGCAAAAACCAAAACAAACGCAGAAAAAGAAAAUUGGAGCCGGCUUAAAUGAAAGUUGAAUCCGAUAUGUGAUAUAUAUUCAGAGUACUUUUACGGAGUAAUAAAAUUCAUUUUUUUGUUUUCUUAAGCGAGUUUUAUCAUCAGUGCUUAUAAUGUAUAGAAAAAAAAAAAUUAAAAAUAAUUAUAUUGCUCUUGGUUAGAGCAAAUAAGAGCUCGUAUUGAUAAAGA